AUGGCUCGCAACACCAUGGGAAAAAAGACUAGUCAAAAGAUGAAGCAGAUCCAGGAGGCAAUCGGCCUCGGGCAUGACGACGUAAAGUUUCAAAAGAUGCGUUUGUUGAUCAAGGAACUGCUUCAAAACUCUGCACGGCAAAAUAUUCCUCAACACGGUAAUGAUAAACAGUUUCAAGCCUGGUGUGAGGAGAAUAUCUUCCCCGCUCUCGAAAAGGAUUAUCCGGACCUUUUUGAAACGCCCUUACGUGACUCUCCAUCACAGAAAAAGGCCAUACUCGAACUUAUUAGACGUCAGAAGGGACUUCGAAAGACUCAAAUUGACAGAGCAAAUAAUAAACAGCUGGAUACUUUGAAGUCAGAGCAGAAACAUCAACGAAAACAAAAGGCGCAGAAAGUGGUAGAACCAAGCGCAAUGGUGGAACGGCAGAGUGAGUUGGGAUUCGCAAUCAACCCAUCUACCGAGGAAAGAAAGAGGAGCCGCGACAAUCAGUCCAAAGAUACUGUGCUAGACCAGGAUACUUCUUCUACUGGGGACAACGAUUUUGGGUCGCUCGAAGUUAUAGGGACGUAUAUAUACGGACACAGUGAGAGGCAAGAAGAAGUAUCAAAAGAACAACCAGAAGAAGAAGAAGAAGCGAUGGAGAAUACCGUCGAUCAGGGUGAGACUACAUCGGAGACGGACGUGAAUACUAUACGGGCGACUGUAAUUCAGACAACCAGAAUUCCGUUUCUUGGCCCUAUACAUGAACCUUCAACUAGUUACAAGGUCACCAUGGUAUUGAUUGAUGCCCUCUGGGAUCCUAAAAAUUCAUCUAAACCAGUGGGAUCACGUAUCUCAUAUAAAGUCUGGCAGAAGACACUGGCGAGAGACUGGGGCGUGAACUUUAAGGAUCUCUCGAGCUCGUGUACUAUGCACUUUUUCUGGAACGAGAACUGGACGAAUGUCCCAUGGAGUGAAAACAGUUGGCAAGCAAUGGUCGGUUUAUGUUUGCAAGGUAACCGCACGCGCUUAAUUCAGGUCCAAAUUUGUGGCGAUGGUCCAGGUCUCGUUACCUCUCUUAUUAAAAGUCCUCAAGUGACGUCUCACGAAACAGCUCCAGAGGAGGGAUCGAGGGAACUCGAUGCCAUAGAUCACGGCACCAGGGAUGAAAUGAAGGCGGUAAUCACUUCUUUCAAACGAGAGCUUGGGAUGCUUGACUUUAGGAAUGACUACGACUUGACGCUUAAACUGCCACCAUCCUGAAAUUGUUAACUCUCGACUGUAGUUUACUGCAGUACCAAUGUGUCAGAUUCCAAGGAUGUGUUCACAUAUGCACAGGGCUCUGCCUAGGUAGCUAGUCUGAUUCGUUUUCGGUGCAUUUAGUUAUUUUAGCGCAGCCGCCUAAUAAAAAUUUACCUGGGCAGUCGA